AUGUGUGGUUGCACACACAGCACUCAGGAUCAAGCCCCCUACCAGAAAGGGGAAUCCAAUUCUUCUGCAGCUCCAACAUCCAUUUUAAAACACAGGAAAAUGCCCAAAAGUGUCUCAAUAUCCAAACAACUGGCUUCAAUAAAAGCUCUACAGAAAGGCUCAGAUCUGGAGAAGGCCAUGGCCACCAUAGCCUUGAUUUUCAGAAACUCUUCUGAUCCUGAUGGUAAACUUAGAAAAGCUACUGCCAAAAAUCUGCUUCACACCCAGUUUGGAAAUUUCACCGAGGGACAAGAAACCAAACCAAAAUACAAAGAGAUCCUCUCUGAACUUGAAGAGUACAUAGAAAAUAAGUUGGAUUUUGAGGAUUUUGUGAUCUUGCUUCUCAGCAUCGUCAUAAUGUCAGAGUUGCUGCAGAAGAUUUGGAAUGCAAAAACCACAGAAUAA